CCAAUGUUUUGUCACACACAGAUAUAUAUAGUCCUUAAAACAUCCCUGCGCAGCCGCAUCGUAGAGUGAAACAAGCUGCAUCCUCCAUUUAGGGUUUUCACCAAGUCGUCUUCUUCGCAUUUCCGGAAGCAAUCAUGGUUCUCCAAAAUGACAUCGACCUCCUCAACCCUCCAGCUGAGCUGGAGAAGAGAAAGCACAAGCUCAAGCGUCUUGUGCAAUCUCCCAACUCUUUCUUCAUGGACGUCAAGUGCCAGGGAUGCUUCAACAUAACAACUGUGUUCAGCCACUCUCAAACAGUUGUAGUAUGUGGAAACUGUCAGACUGUUCUGUGCCAGCCCACCGGUGGUAAAGCAAGGCUCACUGAGGGUUGCUCUUUCAGGAAAAAGUGAAAUCAUCAUCUUUUCAAAAAUGUUGCUGUGAUGUUCAGUUUGGUUUUUCUAGUUAUUGUUAUUGUCUUGUGACGUUUCUUAUGUUUCUUAUGAAAAGAUUUUGAAUACAUGAAAACUAGUUGAGUUAUUAAUCCUAUGCUUUAUUUUAGUUUU